UUUAAUCAGUUCUCCGUAGAAAACUCAAGAAAAAACAAGUUUUAAUUAUAUAUUAACACUUUACAAUUUGCAGUAUCGAACAAUGGCAGAGGAUGAUAUCAUUUAUAAAUGGAACGAAGUUAUGGAAGGCUUCAAACUCAAUGAGAACUUCUUUAAAGAUAGCAAUGCUACUAAAAUUGUCAAAGCUUUGGAAGAAUUGUGUAUUUAUUGUAAAUUUGACAUCAAUGCAAUGAAGCAGUGCUCACAGUUUGUUAUCGCUCAAAAGUUCAGCGAAAUGGGUUUGGCUUCCCCUGAAGAACUCGAGCCCAUAUUCAAUAUUCUAAAAUUCAUCUUUAGAACCUACGCCAUUAUAACAACAGGGAGAAAGACUCUUUGUCUUUAUGAUGUUUAUUUAAUUGGUCCUAAAAGAUUAAAUAGAAUAUUUCAAGAGCUUUUCAACUUUUUCCUAUUCUGCAAUAUCCAGCAUAACAAAAUAACUGCAGGAAUUAGUAAAAGAGAAACCAGGGACAAUGACUUGGUAAAAGAAAUCGAAGAUUUAGAUGCGGAGAUAGAAGCCUUUGAAAAAGAAUUUAAAGCCAUCGAUAGUAAAAUACAAAAGUGUAAAUCAACAUAUCCCCAAACUGAAGACGAGAUUGAUAAUUAUAAACAACAGACUCAAGAUGUAAUGGAAGAUAUUGCCGAAUUGGAAGCAAAAAUACAAGCUGAAGAAGAAGAGCUAAAACAUUUGAAGCAAAUUGGGAUUCAAACACAAUUCGAAAUUGAUGAAUUGAAAGACCAGUUGGUCACUGAUGGUGAAACGUUGACAAGCACAUUGGAGUUGCAAAAAGCAGAACUCGAAGAACUUGUCAAAGACAAUGCGGCGCAGGAAGCUUCUAUGAAAAAGAAAAUAAAUUUAAUUUCUGAAAAAACUAAGUCAAUUGGUCUUGCAAAUAAUUUGAUGACAGAAUUCAACAAGUGCAUCAGUCUUGGUGAAAAAUGCAAAUCGAUCAACAAGGUGAUUGAAGAAAGCAAUGCAAACAUUGCAGAUGAAAUAAUGGCAGAUGAAAUAUUAAACGAUCACAAGGACGCUGUGAAUUCUUUGAAUUUGAAUAAACAAAAAUUUAAUUAUUUAUUGAAUAAGCGGGAAGAGUUUAAUAAAAGUGCACAAAAUCAACACAAUGAAAUUAUCAAAGAAAUCCAGAUACGUCUAGAUAAAUGUCAACGGUUGGAAGAAGAGACGAAGAAUGUUGCUACAUCAGUCAAAAAAGUUGAAACAACAAUUUUAGAAAUCGAAAAUUGCAAAAAGCAGGAUAUGGCAGGUUUGGAAAGGUUUGAAAAGCUUGUACUGGAACUGAUUAAAAAGAUGCAUGAGAAGUUUCUUAAAUUUGAAAAAGAGAUAGAGAUGGAAUAUCAGUUAAAGGAUUGAUGUCAAAAGACAAUUGCUAUG